AUGACCGUAUCCAUCCUCUCGACUUUCACGGACGUGUGGAGAUAUGCCUGGUUCCUCGCGCUGCGUCCAUUGGCCAUCUUGAUUCUGACCGGUGCCGUGGUUUCGGUCGCUCGAUCGGGCUUGUCCAUCUGCAGGGACAUUCCGUCGAUGGCCUAUGAGCUAUUUAUGUGGUUUACGUCAUAGGGCGGGUGUCGUUGAUAUCUGGUUGGUUUUGUCUGAUGGGUUGUUGGAUUGAUGUUUGGAAUUGGAUUCUUGUUGGUGAUCGGAGACGCUCGGCAUAAUGUUUCUUAUUUCUUUCCUUUCUGAAGUAAUGGACCAUACUUAUCUUUGUUGAUCGAUAAGCUAUGAACAUCGUGAUGGGGGAGGGAAGAUUUUGACCACUGGUAAAAGUACCAUCUCCAUCUUCUCUAUCGUGUUCUAGUGUCUUGGUUCUCUGGGUUGGUUUGAGUUUCUGGGACAAGCUGUUUUGGC